AUGAGGACGCGCUGGGCGCCCCUUCGCCGCGCGGCGCAGUUCCUCGUGCUGCUCCUUUGGUGCUUCGAGCUGGCGGAGCCCUUUGGCCGCGCAGGGAAUGAUCCAUUCACCAUCGUCAACGAAAACACGGGCCAGUGUAUCAAGCCCCUGAAUGACUGGAUAAUAGCCAAGGAGUGUGACCAAGCUGAGGACAAGUUAUGGAAGUGGGUGUCCCAGCACCGGCUCUUUCACUUGCAAUCCCAGAAGUGCCUUGGCAUCGAUCUUACCAAGCCCACGGACUCCUUGAGGAUGUUCAACUGCGACUCCAGAGCCAUGCUCUGGUGGAAGUGCGAGCACCACUCUCUCUAUGGAGCUGCCCAGUCCAAGUUGGCUCUGAAGGGUGGACUUGCCAUAGCAAGCACAAAUUCAUCUGACCGCUGGAAGAAAGGAGGCUCGGGGGAAAACCUCUGUGCCCAGCCUUACCAUGAGACAUAUACCAUAGAUGGAAACUCCUAUGGGAGACCUUGUGAAUUUCCAUUCUUAGUUGCUGAGACCUGGCAUCACGAGUGCAUCCUUGAUGAAGAGCACAGUGGGCCAUGGUGUGCAACCACCUUGAACUAUGAAUAUGAUCAAGAGUGGGGUAUCUGCUUAAACCCAGAAAAUGGCUGUGAAGGUAAUUGGGAAAAGAAUGAGCAGAUGGGAAGUUGCUACCAAUUUAAUACUCAGGCAGCUCUUUCUUGGAAAGAAGCUUAUGUUUCAUGUCAGAAUCAAGGAGCUGACUUACUGAGCAUCAACAGUGAUGCUGAAUUAACUUAUCUUAAAGAAAAAGAAAGCAUUGCAAGCAUCUUCUGGAUUGGCUUAAAUCAGCUGUACUCUUCUAGAGGCUGGGAAUGGUCAGACCACAAGCCACUAAACUUUCUCAACUGGGACCCAGGUGGGUCAAGCUGUGCGAGCAUGGACGCCACGACCGGUCUGUGGCAGAGGUUUUCCUGUGACGCUCAGCUGCCUUAUGUUUGCAAGAAGUCACUAAACAGCAGCGUGGAGUUAACAGAUAUUUGGCCAUAUUCAGAUACCCGCUGUGAUGCAGACUGGCUGCCAAAUAACGGAUUUUGCUAUCUGCUGGUAAAGGAAAGGGAUUCCUGGGAUUCAGCACAUGCGAAAUGCAAAGACUUCAGCAGUGACCUCAUCAGCAUUCACUCUUUAGCAGAUGUGGAAGUGGUAGUGACAAAACUCCACAAUGGGGAUGCCAAAGAAGAAACAUGGACAGGUCUUAAGAACAUAAAUACACCAGCUUUAUUUCAGUGGUCAGAUGGUACUGAAGUUACUCUAACAUAUUGGGAUGAAAAUGAACCAAGUGUUCCCUACAAUAAGACUCCCAACUGUGUUUCCUACUUAGGAAAGCUAGGUCAGUGGAAAGUUCAGUCAUGUGAAGAGAAACUUAAAUAUGUAUGUAAGAAAAGGGGAGAAAAAAUGAGUGAUGCACAAGCUGAUAAGAUGUGUCCUCCAGAUGAGGGCUGGAAGAGACAUGGAGAAACCUGUUACAAGAUUUACAAGGAUGAGGUCCCUUUUGGAACCAACUGCAAUCUGACUAUAGCUAACAGAUUUGAGCAAGAAUUCCUGAAUGAUAUGAUUAAGAAGUAUACUAUAUCUUCAGAAAAAUACUUCUGGACUGGCCUGAGAGAUGUAGAUUCAAGUGGAGAAUAUAGCUGGGCAAGUGUUGGUGGAGUGAAGCGGUCUGUAACCUUUUCCAACUGGAAUUUUCUUGAGCCAUCUUCUCCAGGCGGGUGCGUGGCUAUGGCCACUGGAAAGUCCCUCGGGAAGUGGGAGGUAAAAGACUGCAAAGGCUUCAGAGCACUUUCAGUCUGCAAGAAGAGCAGUGCUCCUGCUGAGCCUGAAGAAGCAGCCCCCAAGCCUGAAGACCCCUGUCCCGAAGGCUGGCAAAAUUUUCCUCCAAGUCUUUCUUGUUAUAAGCUGUUUCAUAUAGAAAGAGUUGUAAGAAAGAGGAACUGGGAAGAAGCUGAGAGAUUCUGCCAAGCACUUGGAGGACACCUUCCAAGCUUCCAUCAUGUGGAUGAAAUAAAGGAAUUUCUUCACUAUUUAAUGGAUCAGUUCAGUGGCGAGCGAUGGCUGUGGAUAGGUUUGAAUAAAAGGAGUCCUGACUUACAAGGAUCUUGGCAAUGGAGUGAUCGUACACCAGUGUCUACUUUUAUGAUGGAAAAUGAGUUCCAGCAGGAUUACGAUGUCAGAGACUGUGCUGCUGUCAAGGUCACGCAGAGGCUAUGGCGAAGAGGCUGGCAUUUCCAUAAUGACAGAGAAUAUAUUUAUUUAAGGCCUUUUGCUUGUGAUACAAAACUGGAGUGGGUGUGUCAGAUUCCAAAAGGUCGUACUCCAAAAACACCAGACUGGUACAAUCCAGAGCGUGCUGGAAUUCAUGGACCUUCAGUUAUAAUAGAAGGAAGUGAAUAUUGGUUUGUCCCUGAACCUCGCUUAAACUAUGAAGAAGCUGUCCUAUAUUGCGCCAGCAACCAAAGCUCCCUGGCUACUUUAACAUCUUUUGCAGGACUAAAAGCCAUCAAAAACAAAAUAGCAAAUAUAUCUAGUGAUGAGCAAAAGUGGUGGGUGAGAACCCCUGAGCUGCCAAUAAUAGAUCGUCAUUAUAUAUACUCAAGACAUUCAUGGCAUCACUUUCCUAUAACGUUUGGACAAGAAUGUCUGUACAUAUCUCCCAGGACUUGGCUUAGCGACUUAAAUAAACCAGCAGACUGUAAUACCAAGUUGCCCUUCAUCUGUGAAAAAUAUAAUGUUUCUUCAUUGGAGAAAUAUAGUCCAGAUUCAGCAGCUAAAGUACAAUGCUCUGGGAGUUGGAUUUCUUUUCUGAAUAAGUGUUUCCUAAAGCUUAAACCCAAGUCUCUUACGUUUUCUGAAGCAAGCAGUACUUGUCACACCUACGGUGGCACCCUUCCUACGGUGCUGAGCCAAAGAGAACAAGAUUUUAUUACAUCGUUGCUUCCGGAGAUGGAAGAUGCUCUUUGGAUUGGUUUGCGCUGGACAGCCUUUGAAAGAAUAACUAAAUGGAUAGAUAACAGAGAGCUGACAUACAAUAACUUUCACCCAUUCUUGGUUGGUCGGAGGCUAGCAGUACCAUCAAAUAUUUUUGACGAAGAGUCCCGCUACCACUGUGCCCUGAUGCUCAACCACCGAAAGUCACCCUUAACUGGGACAUGGAAUUUCACGUCCUGCAGUGAACGCCACACCCUGUCUCUCUGUCAAAAAUACUCAGACACUGAAGGCAGCCAGACCUUGCAGAAUACUUCAGAGUCUGUAAAGUACCUAAGUAAUCUGUACAAAAUAAUCCUGAAGCCUCUGACGUGGCCCGAGGCUCUGUGGGAAUGCCAGAAACAUGGCAUGCGCCUGGUGAGCAUCUCGGACCCGUACCAGCAGGCAUUCCUAACCGUGCAGGCGGUCCUGCGUAACUCCUCCCUGUGGAUUGGACUCUCCAGCGAAGACGAUGAACUCAACUAUGUUUGGUCAGAUGGGAAACAUCUUCAGUUUAGUCGCUGGGCUGACAACAAUGAGCAGCUGGAGGACUGUGUGUUUUUAGACACCGAUGGAUUCUGGAAAACGUCCGAAUGCGAUGACCACCAACCGGGUGCUAUUUGCUACUAUCCAGGAAAUGAGACUAAGAAAGAGGCCACGCCAGUUAACAGUGUUCGUUGUCCAUCUCCUGUUUUAAAUACCCCGUGGAUACCAUUUCAAAACUAUUGCUACAAUUUCUUGGUAGCAAAGAAUAGAUACAAGGCAGUAACAAAAGAUGAUGUUCAUUCUAGAUGUCAAAAUCUGAAUCCAAAAUCACAUAUUCUGAGUAUUCGAGAUGAAAAAGAGAAUAACUUUGUUCUUCAGCAACUUCUGCACUUUAAUUAUAUGGCGUCAUGGGUCAUGUUAGGUCUAAUUUAUGAAAAUAAUUCUCUUAUGUGGUCUGACGGGACCAUGCUGUCCUAUACACACUGGAGAUUGGGAAGACCAGCUAUAAAAAAAUGGCCGUUUUUUUGCUGGCUUGAGUACUGA